AUCUGCACUCGCUACACUCCGGAUCAGGACACCAUGACGUUCUCGGACGGUCUGACGCUGAACCGGACGCAGAUGCACAACGCCGGCUUCGGGCCGCUCACCGACCUCGUGUUCGCCUUCGCUAAUCAGCUGCUGCCGCUGGAGAUGGACGAUGCAGAGACGGGCCUGCUCAGCGCCAUCUGCCUGCUGUGUGGAGAUCGUCAGGACCUGGAGGAGUCGGACAAAGUCGACAUCCUGCAGGAGCCGCUGCUCGAAGCGUUGAAGAUCUACGUGAGAAAGAGGAGGCCUCAUAAACCACACAUGUUCCCCAAAAUGCUGAUGAAGAUCACAGACCUCAGGAGCAUCAGCGCGAAAGGAGCGGAGCGAGUGAUCACGCUGAAGAUGGAGAUCCCUGGCUCCAUGCCGCCACUCAUCCAGGAGAUGCUGGAGAACUCUGAGGGUUUAGAGGGCAGCAGUGGGAAUCCUCCAGGCAGCUGCAGCCCGAGUCUCUCCCCCAGCUCAAUACACAGCAGCCCAUCAACACACUCGCCCUGAAUCCUUCUCACGCUCUCUCUCUCUCUCUCUCUCUCACUCUCUCACACACACACACACACACACACACACACACACACACACACUUAUGUCAAGCAUGCUUGCCCUGAACCUGCUCCUUGAGUCAGGAACCCCACACACACGUGCAGCCGAGUCGGAGCCGGGUUUCAGGACAAUAGCAUGUAAUGUGACUGAGAAACUCAACACACACACGCAGGCUGAGCCUGAGUCACACUCGCAUUACAAGCAACGUGUGCGCUUCAGUGGAUCUCCCGAGGUACCGAUCUGAUCUGAUCUAAAGCAGCUUGCACGCUUGGUUAAAACCGAUUCUGAUCUCAUACCAGAUCGAGGAUUCUAAUCAGCGGCGUGGAGAAGGGACGCGAGAUUGUGGACGUGGCGCGCACUCUGAGGAAACUGUUUCUGUAUAUACUCUACAGUGACACUUUUGGAUUCUCUCACAUGUAGAUUUCACCAAUGAGGAGACGGCAAACUAGAGACGCAGAGGACGGCCGCUGUCCAAGUCAUCAGGGACAUUUUUUUUCUUUUUUUGUGUGUUUGUUUCGUUUUUCUUACGAAAGAUAUAUAAAUAUAUGAAUAUCUAUAUUGACAGAAAAUGAGAUGAUUAAAAAAAUGUGUUGAUGCAGGAAAAAAAAACCCUCUCGCAUUUACUCUUACUGUACCUGUCCCCAGAGUUGAGUCUAGUUCAGUUCUGCUCACUGUCUCUCACCACAGAAGAUGAUUGUGGAUGUUAUCUUCUGUUAUGUUAUGAUUUGUUAGUAAUGUUUUCACGCUGUUCACUCAGACUCUGAACAAAUCUCACGUUCACAGAUCACACUGGGGGGGGGAUGAUUUAGUGAGUCGUUAGUGUUGAUUUGGCUCAGAAGAGAUGAGAUCAAACGGAUUGUUGAGAAAAAUGAAUAGUGGGGAAGAAAAAUCUAGAUUUAAGAGGACGCAGGGGUGGACAAAUCGUAACUUUUAUUAGCCAGGUGCAUUUUCUUCAGUCUCGUAUUUUAGUUGCUUGGAAACCUGACUGAGUUCAAAAAGUUGUAGCUAAUGUAUUAUAACGUCAUUUUGUUAGCUAGCUAGUUGGAUAAAUGCAUUAAUACAGAUGAAGAAAAUCAAAUGAAUAUGUAGCCAUCUUUCAUAUCCUAUCAUAACAUUUUUAUAGUUUUUAAUGCAACCCCAGGCUACGGAUUUGUCCACCCCUGAUUGAAUCAAACUAUAUUUGACCACUGACCAAGAAACAAACGAAAAAAAACAUUUUAACUUCAGCAACUUACACAUGAAGCGUCCAUAUUUCAUCUUUUUACAGUGCAGUCAAAUGUAGAAGCCCCAUCUGCACAGAGAUUACACUGCCUCAUUUACACAACCACAACUGCCUCGGAUUUUCUUUAUCGUCAUUCGUCGCCACCUACAACACCGCUGCCUCUGAGACAAUCACUUUUCCUGUAGAACGCUGCCUGUGUGGAACCCACCGAGCGACGCUGGAGACCAGGAUCAGAUGUCCCAAACAUCGUGACAGCUGGGAGUCUGUUGUUAAAACAUGUUGCUGCAAAUGAACACCAAACUGGCCUUUGAACUUCAUCCACAGUAUCACGGACCCAUCCAACCCACUAAUGUGUCAUGAUCUUUACAUGCAACAAACUCCACAAUCCGGUCCUGAUCCCGGACUUUUACCCCCGAACUACCACCACUGCGAACAUUUCAAAGCUACAGCACACGCCACCUCCCUCCAGUCCAGCUUUCCACUGUAGACACGUUCACGAACCAUCACUGUACCCGUGUGCAAUACCUCUUCAAAAAAAAAAAAAAAGAAAGAAAAUCGAAUCAAGACGCUUGAAAGACUUCCACGUUUCACUUUGACUAUGCACGCGACUUGCACAGGAACUCGAAUCGCAAAGUGUUCGGCUUCCUCCGAACUUCCUUUUCGUGUUUCGUGAAUGUGAGCGUGAUAUAAAGACACUGCCGGAAAAACUUUCACUGCCAACGAGCCACAUCAUUUCAGACUUCUUAAAACACGUCAGUCACACGGCGUCCAGCACAAAGACAUGGUUCUGUUCUGCUCCAACACUUGUUACACAUUCAAACGCACAAAUAUUGUUUCUCUUGUAUCGUGAACUGGAUGAUGAAAAUAAUCUUUAUUAAAGACUGAUGUUUUGUGUUUCUGA